UCUAUCUCUCUCUCUAAUUGUGUUCCUCUUUUUCCUUUUCUCUACCGACAAUCAUAACCUCUCAAUCAUCAACGCAAAAAUGCUGCGCAGAUCGCAGAGUUGAAAUCUCGUUCUAAGUUUUUUUUUAGGUUUUCGCCUUUCGAUUUGCUUCUGCUGUUAUGGCCGACGAUAAGGAGAUGUCUGCUCCAGUGAUGGAUGGGAAUGGCACAGUUACUGGUCACAUAAUUUCGACCACCAUAGGGGGAAAGAAUGGGGAACCUAAGCAGACAGUUAGUUACAUGGCAGAGCGAGUUGUAGGGACCGGUUCAUUUGGAAUUGUUUUUCAGGCAAAAUGCAUUGAAACUGGAGAAACUGUGGCUAUAAAAAAGGUCUUGCAAGACAGAAGAUAUAAAAAUCGUGAGCUGCAGCUUAUGCGGACUAUGGAUCACCCGAACAUUGUUUCCUUGAAGCAUUGUUUCUUCUCAACUACAAGUCAAAAUGAGCUUUUUCUCAAUUUAGUUAUGGAGUAUGUUCCAGAAAGUAUGUUUCGUGUUCUGAAGCAUUAUAGUGAUGCAAACCAGAAAAUGCCACUCAUCUACGUGAAACUUUACACUUAUCAAAUUUUCAGAGGGUUGGCUUACAUGCAUUCUGUUGCUGGUGUCUGCCACAGAGACUUGAAGCCCCAAAAUGUCUUGGUCGAUCCAGCCACCCAUAUUGUCAAGAUUUGUGAUUUUGGAAGUGCAAAAGUAUUAGUAAGAGGUGAAGCAAACAUAUCGUACAUCUGUUCUCGAUUUUAUCGGGCUCCCGAACUCAUUUUUGGUGCAACUGAAUACACUACUUCCAUUGAUAUCUGGUCAGCUGGUUGUGUCCUUGCUGAGCUUCUUCUGGGUCAACCUUUGUUUCCUGGGGAAAAUGCCGUGGGCCAGCUUGUAGAAGUCAUUAAGGUGCUUGGAACUCCAACACGUGAGGAAAUCCGUUGUAUGAAUCCAAACUACAAUGAUUUUAGAUUUCCCCAAAUUAAAGCACACCCUUGGCACAAGGUAUUUCACAAAAGGAUGCCUCCAGAAGCAAUAGAUCUUACUUCCAGGUUGCUGCAAUACUCUCCAAAUCUUCGUUGCACUGCGCUUGAAGCAUGUGCCCAUCCUUUCUUUGAUGAGCUACGGGAACCUAAUGCACGGUUACCAAAUGGUCGCCCAUUGCCGCCUCUGUUCAACUUCAAACAGGAGUUGUCUGGUGCAUCUCCAGAUCUUAUCAACAAGCUAAUACCUGACCACGUGAAAAGACAGAUGGGCCUACAGUUCUUUGCAUCCUAUGAUGGAAUGACGUAAAAUAGAUUAUACCUGCAAGUAAUAGUAGUUAACGGGUUGAAGAACUCUUAAAACGGUUUGUAACACCUCUAACUGAGAGGGGUUAGCUGAACCAACGGCAUCUGUGGAUCUACGAGGACCAGGACAGAAGGGGGAUGGGCAAUAAUCCCACUGCAGGCUCAUCUGGAUUGUGUCUUCCAUACAAUGCUGUUUUUUCCCCCUUUUCCUACAUAGUUGCCUGUUGGGCUGUGUCUUGUAGCAGCAGCGUUUCUGGAAGAGGAGAGAUCCUUUUUGUGUAUAUGUUUGGUUACCCACAAGGAAGAAUGCAUAACAGGCAACGAUAUCAUCAGAGUGUAUGAAUAGAUGUUGUCCUAUAGGAGGCAGCCUGAAACCAAAAGUGGUAGGUUCGAUUCAUUUUCCUAUUUUUCUUCUGCUUUUCACUUCUGUUUCUUCUUGUUACAGUUGUCCUCCUUUACAUGUGAAAGAGAAUAUGUUGCUUAUUUAUGCCAAGUUUUUGUACCA